AGCAAACACCAGUGGUUCCAUCACCGCCACAUCUCCAUCUGUCUUUCUUCGAACGCAAAUCAACGAAGAAAAGGGGAUUCAUACCUGCAACCCCACCUGAACUCGCCAUUCAACACCGACCCGACACUUCCCGAAUCCCCUAUGGAGAUAGGACCAGCUCCGUCGCCCCUGGGAGCUUUGGGGCAUAAGGAGGAUAGGACGACAUCUUCAACGGCAGCGGCUGACGAGGAGGACGAAGAUGUCUGCAGGAUCUGCCGGAACCCGGGGGAUGUGGAUAAUCCGUUGAGGUACCCUUGCGCCUGCAGCGGGAGCAUUAAGUUUGUGCACCAGGAUUGCCUGCUCCAGUGGCUUAAUCACAGCAACGCUCGCCAAUGCGAGGUUUGCAAAUAUGUAUUUUCUUUCUCCCCUGUUUAUGCGGAGAAUGCCCCAGCAAGGCUUCCCUUUCAGGAGUUUGUUGUUGGAAUGGGAAUGAAAGCGUGCCAUGUUCUGCAGUUCUUUUUGCGCCUUAGUUUUGUACUGUCCGUCUGGCUCCUGAUUAUACCCUUCAUAACGUUUUGGAUAUGGCAACUGGCUUUUGUGAGGAGUUUUGGUGAAGCACGGAGAUUAUUCCUGAGUCAUAUCUCCACUAGAGUUAUUCUUACUGAUUGUCUGCACGGGUUUUUUCUUUCUGCUAGCAUCGUCUUUAUUUUUCUUGGGGCCACUUCUCUGAGGGAUUACUUCAGGCAUUUACGAGAACUCGGAGGACAAGAUGCUGAGAGAGAAGCUGAAGGGGAUAGAAAUGGUGCUCGUGCUGCAAGACAUCCUGCUGGACAAGCAAAUAGGAAUUUCGUAGGUGAUGGGAAUGGUGAAGAAGCUGGAGGAGCUGGCCAAGUAAUCCGAAGAAAUGCAGAAAAUGUUGCUGCUCGGUGGGAGAUGCAGGCAGCACGGCUUGAAGCGCAUGUGGAACAAAUGUUUGAUGGGUUGGAUGACGCUGAUGGAGCGGAGGAUGUGCCCUUUGAUGAGCUUGUUGGCAUGCAGGGUCCUGUAUUUCAUUUAGUUGAAAAUGCAUUUACUGUUCUGGCGAGUAAUAUGAUAUUUCUUGGUGUUGUGAUCUUCGUGCCCUUCUCAUUAGGACGGCUUGUACUUUUUUAUGCAUCAUUGAUCUUUUCUACUGCUAGCGGUCCGGUGCUGUCAACAGUUAUGCCUCUUACCGAGACUGCCCUCUCUUUAGCAAAUAUCACCUUAAAAAAUGCAUUAACUGCUGUUACAAACGUGACAUCAGAUGGCCAAGAGAAUGGUGCGCUGGAUCAAGUUGCAGAAAUGUUGAAAGUAAAUGCAACUGGAUUAAAUGAAGUCUCAAACAACAUUAGCUCCCCACUUUCAGCUGAGCUAAUGGAAAGGGCCAGUGUUGGUGCAUCACGAUUCUCUGAUGUUACGACGCUUGCUAUUGGUUACAUGUUUAUAUUCUUGUUAGUCGUCUUUUACCUUGGAAUUAUUGCUUUAAUCCGCUACACAAAGGGAGAGCCUUUAACUAUGGGGAGAUUUUAUGGUAUUGCUUCAAUAGCAGAGACAACUCCAUCCCUCGUUAGACAGUUCUUGGCAGCAAUGAAGCAUUUGAUGACCAUGAUUAAGGUUGCCUUUCUUUUGGUUAUUGAACUUGGUGUGUUUCCUUUGAUGUGUGGAUGGUGGCUAGAUGUCUGUACUAUCAGAAUGUUUGGGAAGACCAUGGCUCAAAGAGUUCAAUUCUUUUAUAUUUCUCCUCUAGCAAGCAGUGCGCUGCAUUGGGUUGUGGGGAUUGUAUACAUGCUACAGAUCAGCAUAUUUGUCAGCCUUCUUCGGGGGGUUUUGCGUAAUGGAGUUCUUUACUUUCUUCGAGAUCCAGCUGAUCCAAACUACAAUCCCUUCCGUGAUUUAAUUGAUGAUCCUGUGCACAAGCAUGCGCGUAGGGUCCUCUUGUCUGUCGCAGUCUAUGGGAGUUUAAUUGUGAUGCUGGUAUUUUUACCUGUCAAACUUGCUAUACGGAUGGUGCCCUCAGUUUUUCCACUAGAUAUAUCGGUAUCUGAUCCGUUUACCGAGAUUCCAGCUGACAUGCUUGUCUUCCAGAUCUGUAUUCCAUUUGCUAUUGAACAUUUCAAGUUGCGGGCUACAAUCAAGUCUCUUCUACGUUACUGGUUUACAGCAGUUGGCUGGGCACUAGGUUUGACAGAUUUCUUACUUCCCGCACGUGAAGACAAUGGUGCUCAGGAGAAUGGGAAUGGUGAUCCAAACAGAGGCAUUCUUGCAUCAGAAGAUUCUAAUGUCACAGAAGAGUACGAUGGUGAUGAGCAAUCUGAUUCAGACAGGUACAGCUUUGUUCUCCGUAUUGUCCUCUUGCUAGUGGUAGCUUGGAUGACAAUGCUAGUCUUUAAUUCUUCAUUGAUAGUUGUACCGAUAUCUCUUGGUAGAGCACUUUUCAAUGCAAUUCCUGUCCUGCCUAUCACACAUGGCAUCAGAUGCAAUGAUUUAUAUGCUUUCGUCAUUGGAAGCUAUGUUAUUUGGACUGCUCUCGCUGGAGCUAGGUAUACCAUCGAGCAUGUUAGAGCAAAGAGGGCAGCAGCUUUGGUUGGCCAAAUCUGGAAGUGGUGUGGCAUUGUUGUCAAGAGCUCUGUACUAAUCGCAGUAUGGAUUUUGGUCAUUCCGGUUUUGGUUGGGCUUCUUUUCGAGCUUCUUGUGAUUGUACCAAUGCGGGUGCCUGUAGAUGAAAGCCCAGUUUUCCUCCUGUAUCAGGACUGGGCAGUGGGGCUCAUUUUUCUUAAGAUAUGGACUAGAUUGGUUAUGUUGGACCGCAUGAUGCCAUUGGCAGAUGAAAGCUGGCGGAUGAAAUUUGAAAGGGUUAGAGAAGACGGUUUCUCCAGGCUGCGAGGUCUUUGGGUUUUGCAGGAGAUUGUGUUGCCUAUAAUCAUAAAGCUUCUUACAGCCUUGUGUGUGCCAUAUGUACUCGCUAGGGGGGUGUUUCCUGUGCUUGGUUACCCAUUGGUAGUGAAUUCAGCGGUGUACAGAUUUGCAUGGCUUGGAUGUCUGUGCUUCAGUGUGCUGUGCUUUUGUGCCAAGAGAUUUCAUGUCUGGUUCACCAACCUUCACAACUCCAUACGUGAUGACCGCUAUCUAAUUGGUCGUCAGCUUCAUAAUUUUGGGGAAGAUAGACGUGAGAAGGGAAAUGUAGGAACUUCAUCUGAAGCGCAGAGUUCUCGUUUGGGUAGUGAUGCUUUAAUUCUAGAUGAGCGCGAAGCUGAUGUAGGAUUGAGGCUAAGACAUGCUACUCGGCAAGAUGCAUAAUUUUAUGUGGCAGAUUCAUAUGAGGUCUCAACUCUAAUUAACGCUACAUUUCAAAUGUUUGAUGCGUUUGCGUAGGAUCCAGAUGAACUGUGAAGGCCAUAGGCAAUGUGCUCAUAAUCUUAGGUUCCAUGUAUUGUGCAUAUAGUAUAUGUUUACUCAGUAAUUAGGGGAAAAAAAGUCACUUCUGUUUUUUUUUUUCUUUUUGAAAAUAGAAUCAUAUGAAUAUUUUGAUUUAUGUUGCAUCAGAUUGUUUGAAUGAGGCCAUAACUACAUUUUCCUUU